AAGCCAUAGAGCGUGGACAUGCAACUACAUACGGGAACAUGAUGAAUGCAAUGCGAUCCACCAUCCGUAACACCGAUGGUGGUGCUGGAGGCGGUAUUGUGACAUCCCUUAUCUCCAUGCUUUUGACAGGAGGGAGUCUCGGAAAGCUGAGACAGGAACCACAGCUAUCUGCCAAUCAACAAUUUGAUGUGUAUACAAAACCUUUCUCCCUAUAGAUGUGGUUUAUCAAUCUUCUCAAAUUUACAUAACCGUGAACAUUAUUUACCUAGCCCACAUUAUAAAAACCGAAUCCGACACCCAAACUUUUUCUCUAACCCGACCCGACCCGGUAUCCAUAGACCACUUCAUAUAGAAAACUCGAGCCUCCACUUCUCCUUUAUCUGAAGCUUUCAAAUUUUUCCGACAUGGUAACAUUAGCAGUACCAGUAGCAACAACAGCACUUUUCUCUGCGCCAAAUUCGCUAACUUGCUUACUGGGCCCACCAUGGAAAGGCCUCAGUGGAAGUCUGGCAUCACCUUCAACCUUGCAAAGGUCAAAGAAACAGAGACAAUGCAAAAGGAAAGCUGGUCCAAGUAGUAUAUGUGCCAAAUUUGAGCUGAAGCCUCCUCCAUACCCACUGGAUGCGCUGGAGCCGUAUAUGAGCAAGGAGACUCUGGAAUAUCACUGGGGGAAGCACCAUAGGGGUUAUGUGGAUAACCUAAACAAGCAAAUCGAAGGAACUGAGCUAGAUGAAUUGUCGUUGGAAGAUGUUAUACUUGCCACACACAAUAAGGGAGAUUUGCUUCCACCUUUCAACAAUGCAGCACAGAUCUGGAACCAUGACUUCUUCUGGGAGUCAAUGAAACCAGGUGGUGGAGGAAGGCCAUCCGGGGAACUUCUAGAACUAAUUAAUAGAGAUUUUGGUUCUUUUGAGAAAUUCAUUGAUGAUAUAAGGCUGGCUGCGGCUACACAGUUUGGUUCUGGUUGGGCUUGGCUUGCAUAUAAAGCGAACAGACUUGAUGUUGAAAAUGCAGUCAAUCCUAAUCCAUUGGAUGAAGACAAAAGGCUUGUAGUGGUGAAGAGUCCUAAUGCAAUGAACCCCCUUAUAUGGGAUUAUUCUCCGCUCCUUACCAUCGAUGUUUGGGAGCAUGCUUACUACCUCGAUGUUCAGAAUAAACGAGCUGAUUACAUAACAACCUUUUUGGAGAAACUUGUUUCAUGGGAAGCAGUCAGUUAUAGACUUGAAAGUGCAAAGGCUCGAGCAGUUGAAAGAGAGGAAGAAGAAGAAAGAAGGAAAAGAGAAGAAGAGGAGAAAUCAUCAGAUGGCGAAGUUGAAGAGAUUUAUGUGGACAACAAGAGUGAUGACUCGGAGGCUGAAUGA